CUUCGAUAAUCCUUUGACAUUGACGGGUGUACCUACAAUUUACUCAUCAUGCAUCUAGUGUUUCAGAUUACCGAGCUUCUCAAGGAGAUUGUGACUUAUCUAGACAGAGUCUCUCUCGCACGUCUUAUACAGGUGUGCAAGACCUUUGAAGAACCUGCCCUCGACGCCCUGUACACGAAGAUAGACUGUUUCUAUGCGCUUCUAACCUGCAUGCCGGAAGAUUUGUGGUCCAUUGAGAGUCCCUCAGUUGCAUGGUACCCUGGCCCUCCAACUCUUCGUUUCGAGCGACCGAUGGUGCAAACAGACUGGGAUGCCUUACUCAAGCACAGCCAUCGUGUCCAUGUUUUACACCAGGGGUUUGAUGGGCAACAUGAAAGGUUCGACGCAAACUCAGAUGUUUUGAGGGCGCUGGAGCACUGUCCUGUGCCAUACAUCUUCCCCAACCUUCACACUCUCCUGUGGAAUUUUGGGGAGGUAGGCGCGCCAAUACGAUUCGUCCUCACUCCGAAGCUUCGCAGAGUGCGCCUUGCGCUCACGCCAGAUGGUCUCGCUGAGACAGCGCCCGAGCUUGGGUCAUUGUGCCCAUCUCUAGAGUCCCUUGAACUGGAUGGCAGUCCCGACGAGCUUCCAGCAUCCCCCGAGUUUGUCAGCAUCAUACAGCGGCUUACCCACCUACGCACCUUGGACUGCGGAGAGAAUUGCGCACUGACGACGCCGCUUCUGAACCAUGUCGCAUCGCUCCCGAACUUCCAUCGCCUCCGCCUCUUCGCGUGGCCUGACUCGGAUUGGAUGCAACAAAGGAGACGCAUUGGGCUCCAGAGUUUGGACACUCUGCACCUCGAGCAAUUCACUUGGGAUGUCGCAAGCGCUGCAGUUGACCUCUUAUUUGGAAACGGGACUGGUCAUGGUAGCGCUCGCCUGAGCGGAAUCAAGGCAGCUCUGAUGUUCGAUACAUGGUUCAACAGAGGCAUCCAGUCGGACUUUGCAAGGUUCAUCGGCACCCUCAGUCGUAGCGUCUCCUGCUCUGACUUCCAUGAAUUGGAAAUUAAAGCCGUCGGACUGUCAGAGCAUACCUGGAAGAAUCUACUGCCCUUAGCCGCAUUCCCCAAUAUGACCAGCAUUACAAUUGACCAUGGACGCAGUGACGGGAGCCGUGAGAACCCUAGCACGGUUUUCCCCAACUUCGCUGCACUGAGCCAGUUGAUCCAGGCAUGGCCGCAUCUGGAACACCUCAACAUCUCAUUUUGUGUACCUCCGUUACCACUACGUGAUUUUGUCGCCAUACUUCACCUGUGUCCUCUCCUCGAAUACGCCAACGUUGACAUCGACGUCUUCGAAGAUCCCGAAGACGUUGCGACAUUCUUGAGCGAGGGCUCUUUCAGUGUACGCAACGAACGCAUCACAACCCUCCAUCUUCGUCCGCCUGCUGCCACCGAUGUACGACAGACGCAGCGUCUACAGAAUGCCUUCGCGCGCUAUAUUGCUGCUCCAGCUCUAUACCGCAUCCUGCCAAGCCUAACGAAAAUCACAGAUUACUGUAGCGGAGGAGGCUACACUCCAAGCAGGUUCUGGGAUCCGAUCGAGGCGGAGUUGGAGGCAAUGCGUAUUCGGGACAGAAACUGCAUCCGGGGCUAGCGGGGGGAUAGUCACACUAUGUAGAUAGUUGCUUAACCUUGUGCGCCUCUGCGAGCCGGUGUAAUGCAC